AUGGCUGCGAGAUUCCAAAUGAAUACAAAACUUUUAAUAUCCAUUUUAAAAAAAAGGAAAAAUGGACCCCUCCCAUUUUUACAAAAAUGUUAUAUUCAUAACGUACCCAGAAUAAAUACCAUGAAACAUAUGAACAUUUCAGAUCUUCGAAAAAAUAUUGAAGUGUGUAAUAAAAAAAAUGUAAAGCACAAAAAUGUGUGGAGUAAUUUUUUAUAUAUUAUUAUAUUAAAAUUAUUUAAUAAAGAAAUAAAAAAUUAUGUGGAUUUUAUGAUUAUUUUAAAAUUAUUAAGCAAAUAUAUUAAGAUAGAAAAAAAAGUAUUACUUUAUAUAUGUGAACAAAUUGAACACGAAAUUUAUAAAUUUAGAACCAGAGAUUUAACUUUAUUAAUACUUAUAUUAAGAAAAAAUAAUUUUGAUAAUAUUUAUUAUAUAAAUCUUAUUAGUAAAUCUAUAUUAAUGAAAAUGAAUAAAAAUAUGUCUUAUAAAGAUCUAGCUUUAAUAAUUUAUAGUUUAAGUAAAAAUAUAUAUUUAACAGAUGAACAAAUAUAUAAUAAAGAAAUAUUUAAUUUUUCCAUAUUAAAAUUUGAAAAUCAUUUAAAUAAUGUUAAUAUUAAUCUUCAUUCUUUAUCUUUAUUUUUCUAUUCUUAUAGUGUAUAUUUUAUCAACAAUUGUUUUUAUUAUUAUUAUUAUUUUCAUUCAUUCUUUAAUAUUAUUACAAAAUUUAUUAAUAUUAUAAACAAAAAUUUACAUUUAUACAAUUCCACAGAUUUAAUGUUUUUAUAUAUUGGAUCCUUACACAUACAUAAUAUGUACACACCUAAUCAUGUAGAUCAAAAUAAAGAACCAAAAAAUAAUCAAAAGGAAAAUAAUAAUUAUCAUAAUGAUAAUCAUAACAUAUAUUUAAAAAAUAUUAAUAACAAUUGUUAUGAUCACCGUUUAGAUUCAAAUGAUUUUAUAACCAUGACAAAUUAUGAUCAAGGUGAAUACAAUAAACACAUUCAACAGAAUAAACACAUUCAACAGAAUAAACACAUUCAACAGAAUAAACACAUUCAACAGAAUAAACACAUUCAACGUAUCGGUACACAUUGCACCGAAUCAAAUAGUAACAACCAACAGCUUAUACAAAUACAAAAUGAUGAAAAAGAAAAUAAAUUAAUAACAUAUGAUAAUUCUAAACAUAAUUUGUUAAAAGAUCCCUGUCAACAUAAUAUUGUAGAGAAAGAUGGUGAAAAAAAACAAAAUUUAAUUAAAAAUUUAAUAAUAAAUAUAAAAAAAAUAAUAGAAGAAAAAUUAUCUUCUUUUAAAAUACAAGAAAUUGUAAAUAUAUUAUUUGUGUCAUUAAAUAAAAAUAUUAUUAUUAAUAAGAAAUAUUUUCAUUUUUUAAAUCAAGAGAAAAUAAAUAUACGAAAUUAUAUUAAUAUUUAUGUAAAUAUAAAUAAAAUAUAUUUAAACGAUGAAGAAGAAAAUACUUCUCAUUGUAUCCUAAAAAUAAAAAAUGAUAACAAAAAAGAUAUAUUAUAUCAUGAUCAUAUGAAAUUUUUAUAUAAUUUAAUGAAUGAAAUUAUAUAUAGAAACGAUCUAUUAAAUAUGAAACAAAUCAUAUUAUUACUAUAUGGUUUGAAAUUUAAUAAUUUUAUGUUUUUACAAUUUGAAAAAAUAAUUCUGAAAAGAUUUAUAUGCUUACCAAAAAAAGAAAUACAAAAAAUAGGAAAAGAAGAAAUCAUGUUUUUAUAUCAAUAUUUUUUUGUAAGGACAUGCUUAUUUAAUGAAUUAAAAAAACAAAACAAUCUUUUUAUAUCUCAAGAUGAAUAUGAGAAUUAUAUUUAUAUCUCGGACAAAUAUAAUGAGUCUGCUAAAUUAGAUAAUUCAUAUAACAUGCCAAGUAAUCUAAAAGAAAAAAAUACUAAUCAUCAUGGUGGUAAGGAUAAUACAUUGGAUUUAUAUAUACAUGAUGAUCUCUUUUAUAUGAAUAAAAACAAAAAAAGGGAUAGAUACAAAAUUUAUUUAUAUGAUAAUUUUAUUUUUAAUUAUCCAGCUUAUUAUGUAGAACAAAAAAAAGAUCACAUUGAUUACAAUGAAUCUGUCAACAAUUUUGAUAAUAUGAAAUCAUUUAUACAAUUAAAAAAAAAAAAAAUAAAUAAAAUAAAUAACAACAACAACAACAACAAUAAUAAUAAUAAUAAUAUAUAUAUAGAUACAAAUAUCCAAACGGUAAAUAAAAAUUAUUCUUGUACACAUAAUAAUGUAAUAAAAAACGAAACCAAUGAUAAUUAUCCUAAUUCAACUAUACGAAACCAACAUCCAAAUGAUCAAGUAAUAUUGAACAAUCCUGUUUUUUUUUAUAAUAAAAAAUUAAAUGUUGUUGAUUCGAUCGAUUUUGAAUAUGAACUUACAUGUUAUAAUUUAUAUUUAGAUAUAUAUAAAAUAGUUUGUUUAAAAUUAUUAACUUUAUUAAAAAAUCAUAAACUAUCAUGUUUACAAAGCAUAGAUAUCUUAUGUAUAUAUGAAAAAUUAAAUAUAAGAGAUUAUAGAAUUAUUAAAUAUCUUUAUAAUUUAAAAAAAGAACUACUAUAUUUAGAUAAUACAUAUUUAUUAAAAGUUAUAAAUAUUAUCGUAAAAUUUAAUCUCUAUAAUAUGAUAUCUUAUUUACAAAUUAAUAAAAUACUUACCUUUAUAAAUUAUAAUAAUAUAAAUGAAUCCAUACAAAUAUUAAAAUUAAUAGGUAUGCUAAUAUCUGUACAUAAACAUAACAAAUUAUCGCCUUUUCAUAUGAAUAACCUAAAUGUACAAAAUGCAGCGAAUUAUUUAUUUAAAAAUUUAUAUAAUCUACAAAAUAUACAAGAUUUAAAAAAAAUUGAAAUGAUGAAUGUGUAUGAUAAUUUAACCUUCAAGUUUUAUAAAUUAUUUAAAAAUAUCUUAUCCAUAAAUGUAAAAAGAUAUGUACAAAAUUGUAAUAGUUAUAAUAAAUAUGAAAUGAAUACACACACAAAUAAUCUUAAUAAAAAUGAACAACAUAAAUAUAUACACCAUAAUAAUGAUCAUAAGGAUGAUCGUCAUAAUAAUAAUAAUAAUCAUUAUGAUAAGGUUGAUGUUUCUUCUUCUUCUUCUUCUUCUUAUUAUUAUUACCUGAACAAGUCAGGUAAAAAUUUGGGAAAUAUUAAUGUACAAAAUUUGGAUGAUAUAAAUAUAAAUAAAAUAAAAAGUAUAUCAUAUAAAAUUAAAAAAGAUCAAAUUAAAGACAUCGGAUAUAUGAGAGUUAGCAAAUAUUCAGAAUUAAUGAAAAGUAUGAAGAUGAUGAAUUACGAUGAGCAUUUUAAUGAUGAAUAUAGAAAUGUGUGUGAUGAGAUAUAUGAAGAUUUAUUUUUAAUAUAUAAUAAAAAUAUACAAGUAUAUAAAAAUAUAAAUAUAUGUAAUUAUACAUUUCCUAUGGCAAUAAAUUUAUUAACAUUAAAUAAUGAUGAGAACAUAUUAAUAAAUAUAAACAAAAGUGAUGAUAAUAAAAAAUUAAUAAAAGUGGAUAAAAAAAAAUUCCUUAUAGUAGAUAUUUUAUAUAAUUAUGAUUAUUAUUAUACUUUGACAAAAAGCAAGUUGGAUAAAUUAAAAGAAUAUAAUAUAUAUCUAUCAUAUUAUAGUAAUCACAUAAAAAAGAAAAAUAAAAAAAUAUUAAAUUAUAAAAAAUAUGCCUUACUAAAAUUAAUUAAAAAAAGAGGAUUCAAUUACAUUUGUAUUGAUGCAGAUACAUAUGUAAAAAAUAAAAAAGGCAAGAGUAAAGAUCUUUCAUAUGAAAUAAAUAAGUUAUAUAUAAACAAUUUAAUAUUAGAUAUAUUAAAAAGACAAAAAAAAAAUCACCUACAUCCACACCCACACACACAAAAUAGAACAACAAAACAAAUAAAAAAUAUAAACAUAAAAAAUAAAUUAUUAUUAUAUCAUCAAAACAAAAAAAAUGUAAAGAAAAUAAUACACUUCAAAAAUUAUAAAUAUAAAAUUAUGAACCUUCCAGAUCAACGUAAUCAUUAUCAUAAUAAAAGAAUUAAAUAUAUAAAGGAUAAAAGUUUGUUAGCAAUUAAUCAUAAAACAAAAAAUAUUAUAGAAAAGCAAAAAAUUUCUACAUCGAAUCAUUUAUCAAAAUUGAAAAGAAUGUUUUCGUUAUAA